CGAAGCAGAGUGGUGUAAACAAAAGUGCUCCAGCUCGGUUUAUUUCGAAUUUUUGAGGACGAAACUGCUGUGGUAUCGUUUCUAGACAGGGAUUUAGUACACAGUUUGUUCAGACGUAACAUUGCACCAUGAACGCACCGCCAACCUUCGAAUCUUUCCUCCUGUAUGAAGGAGAAAAGAAGAUCAUCAAGGAGCUGGACAUGAAGGUGCCGAAUGCAGCCAUUUUCACAGUGAACAAGGAAGAUCACACCCUGGGAAACAUGAUUCGCAACCAGCUACUGAAGGACCCGAACGUCCUGUUUGCUGGCUACAAACUUCCCCACCCGCUCGAGCACAAGUUCGUACUGCGCAUCCAGACGACGUCGGAGUACUCGCCCCACGAAGCGUUCAUGAACGCCAUCACCGAUCUGCUUUCGGAGCUGUCUCUGUUCGAGGAACGGUUCCGGGAGGCGAUGAAAGAGAAGAAGGAAGGCGGCGAUUGAAAAGCAUCUCCCAAAACGCCGUUUGCCGCCGUUGGCUCGGCAGGCAGGAUUUCGGACCGGUCCCGCCGAAACGCCACUUUGGCCCGAGCAAGCCCGUGCCCGUGCGGCGGGAGAGAAUUUCAAACUGUGUAUGGUGUGGUGACCUAUAUAUUGUUUUCUUCCGUAUAAAUAUUGAAUUAUUCUAACUAGU